AUGGAGGAGAACACCACGACGAGGCCCUGGUUUGAAGAGGUCCGCAUGCAGCACUACAAUCGCCAGGCGGAGUACUGGCAGCAGAAGGAAGUGCUGCGGGUACUGCACGAAGCCGACCGUCAGGCGGUGGCGGGGGGCACCCCCACACGUGAGAACAGCGAUGGAGGAGGGGCGCUGUGUGGGGUGGUGCUGGAGGAGCUUGCGUACAACUGGCCCGAGCAGCUCGAGACGCUCUUCCAGGGCGCCGUGGCGGCCCGCACCGAGCGCCUGCUGGGCAGCGCCACCUCUCUGCCGCUCGUCCUCCCCUGCUCCGGCACCUACGCCCUGGAGCGAGUUGAGGGCAGCAAGCGCAACUCCUGGCGGGAGAGGAGCAGCGGUGAUGAGCACGUAAACUUCAUCACUGGAGCCGAGGUGCACGACCACCACUGCCACCGGCUGCAGGAGGCAGUUGUCACGCUGGGCUGCGAUGUCGACUGGAACCGCACCCUGCGGACCGAUGACGAGGACCUGCUCUACCGCUCCUUUGUCGAAUGGCAGGGGCGGAUCAAGCGGUGCAAGCGGCCUGUCAUCUUCUCUGUCGAGCAAGACGCUCCGUGCCCCGCCCACAAGAGGUCCGUGACCUCUUCACAGUCUCCUGUGGUUAGGUCGCAGUGCGCGCUACGGCCGUGCGUGGUUGUGGUCUCACCAACUCCGUGGUUGCGACACCAGACGCACUGA